AUGGUGCAGCUCACGGUCACGGCUGCUGGGAAAGCCGCCGUCGAGGAGUACUGCAGGCUGAAAACUGCUGACGGAGAGGGAGAGGGAAAUGAGAGGCUGGAGACACUUUCCAAGACUGAUCUAGGCAGCCCUGUUGACCAUCACGAGCUGGUCGGCAUCUCCAAGUACCUGGUCGGAAAGCAUCGAGACAGUUCUGAAGUCGCCAAGGAAUGGCGUCUCGAAACGUUGUUGAAAGGUGCUGUCGUGUAUCAGCCUCCUCCUCCGCCAAAACCUGAGAAGUCACUCGAAUACAAGGCUCUGAUGCAGAGAUUACGAGAACAAGAAGAACAGAGACAAUACGAGCGCAUGACAAAUCCUCCAAGUCAGCCGGAGUCGUUCACUCAACACUUUCCCAAUGCUCCCAAGCCCUUCGGCGCCGGACUGGAUGUUGGCUACAAUGCUGCCGAUGACGUGGACGACGUGACCUUUGCCGACGUCAACCGCCAGAUGGUUCUGAUCAUCAACGUGUUGAUAUCCAUCAUCUGCACCAGCGUGGCGGUGUGGAUGGCCGCACGUCGUUGGAGCGUACCCGAACGCCUGGGACUGUCCUUCUCGAGCAGCACUGUAGUAGCUGUUGCUGAAGUCGCUAUCUACAUGGGCUACAUCAGACGAAUCAAGGACGCCAAGACCAGGGAGAAGAAGUCGACAGAGAAGAAGGAGAUUGUCGACACUUGGGUGAUUGAUGCCAAGUCGUCAUCUCAGCAAGCCAAGUCCUUCUCUUCCACUGCCGACUCUAGCGACACGAUCAGAUUCAGGAAGGAGCAGGCGUUCAGAACCCGCGACGAGGAUCACGCUUUGAACCAGCUUCGCAAGCUCACCACCCAUGAUAUUUACCAGGAUGGUAUCGGCUUUCUUCAUGAGGGCACACCCAAGCUGCUAGCAACGCAAACAUCUUCUGCUCCCCUCACAUCCUUCUUUCUCUUCAAAUAUCUUCACAUGGCUUGCCCGAGCACGCAGUUCUACCAGAACGAUUCGUACAUCGCAGAAAUCUGGUCAUGGUUCGGAAUUGGCACGCUGGUGGUCUUUGCCCGGCUCGUCCUCCGAAUCUCGAGGGUCGGAUUGAGCCGACUUCAAGGCGAUGACUACCUCGCCCUAGCGGUAUGGUUCUGCUUCGUGAUGAAGUCCAUCGCCCUUACUACGGUCUUUGAGUGGGGCUCGAAUAUGGAUUAUGGUGCCGCGCACGUCGGCGAGCUGGGCGACUGCCAGCUCGAAAGAGUACGGCGUGGCAGUGGUAUGGAAUUGCUUGCGUGGUACACGUACUGCUCGAUAAUAUGGGGCUUGAAGGGAAUCGUUCUCUUCAUGUUUCGUCGGCUCACGUUCACUCUCGACCGACCACGAUACUUCACAUUCGUGUGGGUUGUCACUGCUGCCACAUAUAUCGCCAUGAUCCUCACCUUGACAUUGGGCUGUCUCCCAUUCCAACUCAAUUGGCAGGUCAAGCCACCACCGCCUGCCAAAUGCUCCCUCCGCAUGCACGACGUUUACGUGUCGACCAUCCUGAACGUACUGACCGACAUUCUUAUUCUCGCCAUUCCGCUCCCAGCGCUAUGGAAGAUGAGCAUCGACUUCUGGAAGAAAGUGGGCCUCGUGUUGUUGCUGUGCUCAGGCAUUUUCGUCAUCACCGCAGCACUUGUGAGGUUUGGCUUCACGCUGGUUGGCUCAACAUCAGUGAAUCUCAAUCGUUGGUGCCAGCGAGAGACGACGGUUGGCAUUAUAGCGGUCAACGCAGCCGUGCUGCGAUCGUGGUUCAAAAGGCGGAGACCACGCGGCGGUGCUGACCUACACGGGAUCGAGGCGAUGACCAUGUGGCCUGAGAUGGGAGAUCCGGUUUCUUCACCUGUUAUGCCGAUUCUCGCCAAGUCUCCGGUCGUGACUACAAGUGAAGACACUACUGAUUCUGCUUGGGACACGCCUCCUCACGGUUUGUCGAUCGUUGCGAGCAGCAAGAUGGAAGCCAGUAUGGCUUAA